AUGGAGUGCGGUGGUGACCUUACAGUUGACGUAAGAAAACGAAUAAUUGAAACUCAUAACGAGCAUCGCAGGAAAGCUGAAAAGGGAGAAGUAGAGGGCAGCAAAGGGAAGUUGCCUGCAGCUAUGAAAUUACCUGACUUGGAAUAUGACUGCGGAUUGGAGCAGGAGGCUAGGAGGAGAUGCAAAGAUUUUAUAGACGUAAAUUUCCUUUAUGGAUUGGGAGCCAACGAUGACGUUGUCGUCGGGUACACGUUUCGUUUUCCAACGAAUGUUCGGUUUAUGUAA